AUGCGGCUCCUGAACACACGAACGAGGGAACUACGGGUUUUCACCCACUCCCGCAUUCCAUAUGCUAUCUUAUCCCACACUUGGGGUUCAGAGGAAAUCACACUUCAGGAGCUGCUCGCCGGAAAUGCGUCUAGUCUGAAAGGCUACAAGAAACUCAUCGGAGCUUGUAAUCAGGCAUUGUCGGAUGGCUUCGACUACAUCUGGAUCGAUACCUGCUGUAUCGACAAGACAAGCUCAUCUGAGUUGACGGAGGCCAUUAAUUCCAUGUGGGCCUGGUACCAGAACUCUCGUGUCUGUUAUGCGUACCUUGAGGACGUCACCCAGGACGAUGUUAACGUUCUCGGGGGCUACUCUAAGAGCUUCAUGAAUAGUCGGUGGUUCACGCGUGGCUGGACGCUUCAAGAGCUCAUCGCACCUUCAACUGUCAUAUUCUACUCAGAUGAUUGGUACGAAAUCGGUACACGAGAUCAGAUGCGAGAACCUCUGGGAAAGAUUACUGGCAUCGACCACAAGUUUUUCGAGUACGGAAUCUUAGGUCGAUAUAGCAUCGCCCAGAGAAUGUCCUGGGCUGCAAAGAGAAAGACGACCAGAGUCGAAGAUCAAGCGUAUUGUUUGCUUGGAUUAUUCGGGGUCAGCAUGCCCCUACUAUACGGCGAGGGUGAAAUGGCAUUCAUCCGACUUCAAGAAGAGAUCAUGAGGCGAACGGAUGACCAGUCGAUAUUUGCCUGGUUACUGCCUGGACACUCAGACAGACCUUCCCGGAACACUGGGUUCCUCGCCAAGUCCCCCUCUUGUUUUAAUCAAUCUAGCGGCAUCACCAGGAUUGAUGCCGACCAUCGCGUGGCACCGUAUUCGUUCAAAAAUAGAGGCAUCCAGAUCGAGAUGCCGAUACUGGACCCGAGCAGCUCGAAAUAUGGCUUCUCAUUCAUCCCCGGAGAUAACAAUGAGCAAAUUGGUUCCGCUGCAGGAAUCUCAUUCACUUUCUCUCCAACAAGCACGAUAGCGAUACUCAACUGUAACAAAGCAGGUCGUCAGAUAGGUCUCUAUCUGGAGAGAACGGGCGAUCUUGAGCCAUUCUACAGGUGUAGUCAUAAGUUGGGCUUUGUCUCAGUUCCGGAUGAUUGGGUUAAGCAGGCAAAGCUUGAGACUAUCCUCAUCAGGGCCGAAGAUCCGGAAGACAUGGAAUCGCUGUGGGGUAAAGAUUCCGAUGCGCAGCACAUUGUCGUGGAGUUGCCACAAGAACAGAACCAUGGGUAUGACAAUAUCAAGACAUACCCGGCGGAUCGAUGGGCUAGCAGUGGCCUAUGGAGCCACUCCAUCAUCCUCUCUUACGACGUUGAGACUAGCGGCAAAGAGGAGGUUCCUUACCUGCAUGUCCAAAACGCAGAAACUGAAAACGGCUUUUGUUUAUUCUUCAAGUUCAAGGCCCCCGGCCCGCAUAAUGCGUGUCUUCUGGUGGACGUGGCCGCUGGCGAAACUCCAACUGUCCCACAAUCCUCAUCAUUUAUCGUUGCUGGUCCUCCAGCGGAAAGCCGUUUAGAAGGGACGGGGAAAUUGGGAAAGGUCACAGCUGAGUUGAACUCUUCACGAUUUGCGAAGGUCUGGAAGAUUACGAUGGAAAAGAGUCAAGCCACUUUAGAUGCGCUGGUCUGA